UAAUACGAGGAUCUGUUAGAUCAACAUAAAAAAGUACUAGUUUGGGGCCUUACGCAGAAUUGGGGCUGUCGUUAGCCGGCCAAGUUUCCUCCGCUAGUUACCUAUGGUAGACCUUGGAAACUAAAGACUAUGCAUGGCCUAGUACUUGGUAGACCUACAUAUACAUUAGUGCUCUCACGGCACAGAUCAGAUCCUUCGAGGGCUAAGCAAUAAAAGCCGCGUAGGACGAACAGCCACUUUCAACUGGUGCAACAAAUGGCGGAUAGCUCCCCAAUCAACCUGUGCCGACAUACGCAUGUGUUAUGUCAUUUUCUAUACCGAAGUGUAAAAUGACUAUGUUCACCGACGAAUGUCACGCAUACACACGAGGCUCCAGGUAUUCUCUGACCGAGGAUACUUUGUUAAAGAAAUGCUUGUCUCGGAAUAUUCUCAGGCUUGCCUGUUUCACCCCCGUUCCACUCGAGAGCUUUCGGUCCCUCAUGGAAUCUGUUGCUUGAUUGGUACUAUAAUAUAGUACUUUGAUAGACUACCGCGUCUCUUUUAGAUACUGACUCCCCGUCUCAGUCUCCAUGGCGCCUCCACCAAGGCCCAAUAAUAGCAUGGAGCUGGCUGAGACGACUACUCAGUCAGGGAAAGACCAAACGCGAUAUCACGCGCAGGUAGAUAGAAGACGGAAAAAUAGGCAGGGUAUCAUCGAAAACCCCUUAGCCUACUUGACCGACGAGGAACUUCAGCACGACGUUAAUAUAUUCUGGAAUAAUUGUUUAUCGGCAGUCAACUGGGACGACCUGCUUCGAGCGGCUCGCGUGGCUCAGAAUGCCCGCUCGUAUGACGAGGUCGCUCGGUCUGAGGAUCCUAGAGCCGGCUACCAUCUUCCCGUCCAGCUUAGCGACGAAGAGAAGGUGGCGCUGAAGGCAGAGAAGGACGUUCUAUUCUCGCAACGGGGGAUGUUCACCGUAAUCCUCACUGUAUCGCUAGCUGCCUUCCUCCAGGGAUUCGUACAGUCGUCAAUCAACGGAGCUUCGCUCUACGCGACUGAGUUUGGACUUCCUAACGUGACUUCAACGAGGGUGAACUUUACUACUAUUGCUGACGAAAAUAGUCGUCCUCAGUUGGACGACUGGAAACUCGGGGCAACCAACGCCUCGCCGUUCUUCUUUGCUGCUUUUGUAGGCUGCUGGCUGUCUCUACCUCUCAAUGAUCGAAUUGGUCGACGAGGUGCUAUGGCUGUAGCUGCUUGCCUCAUAUUCGCUAGCUCGUUAGGUUCGGCGUGGUGUUCAAGCUGGCGGGAAUUGUUGCUGGUGCGUAUAGUAAAUGGGAUUGGUAUGGGAGUCAAAGCCUGUAGCACACCUAUCCUUGCGGCGGAGACUGCAGUUGGGUUCUGGCGAGGGAGUUUUAUUCUUGCUUGGCAAUUAUGGGUUGCCUUCGGAAUAAUGGUCGGCUUCGCGUUCAACCUAAUCUUCUACACCGCACAUAACGACAGGCUAUCACUCCAGCUGAUUUUGGGAGCACCAUUCGUUCCAAGUAUCUUCCUCAUGAUAGGGCUUUGGUUCUGUCCUGAAAGCCCUCGAUAUUAUAUGCGGCAGAGGACUUCUAGUUAUAACCCACAAAAGGCAUACGAUGUCUUGCUAAAACUCCGGAAAACGAAGUUACAAGCCCUCCGGGACACUUACUUGGUCUACAAAUCUGUCCAACUCGAAGAAUAUUCGGAUGAUUCUAAUGUAGGAAGCCCAGGCGACGACGUUCCUCGGGGGUUCGUCGCUCACGUCAAGAAUUAUGCGUCCCAAUAUAAAGAACUAUUCGCUCAAAGACGACUGAGAAAUGCCCUAAUAAGUAGUUCUAUAGUCGCUUUAGCUCAACAAUUAUGUGGGAUUAAUAUGUUAGCGUUCUACUCAGGCACUUUGUUUAGCGGGGUAUUGGGGGGUGGUAAUGGCCCUCUCAUGCCCAUGGUCUACAGUCUAGGAAUUGGGGCAGUAAACUUCGUUUUCGGUCUCCCGGCAAUUAGGACUAUAGACACGCUCGGCCGCCGCAAGUGGCUUGUACUAACAUUGCCCGUUAUGUGCUUGCUUAUGAUGGCUGCUGCUCUGUCCUCCCUCAUCACCAACCAGACUACCCGGGCCGGAAUAAUUGCCCUCUUCGUGUUCCUAUUUGCGGCGGCGUACUCGCCUGGGAUGGGUCCGAUUCCAUUCACACUUGCUUCCGAAAGCUUCCCACUGUCCCAUCGUGAGGCCGGAUGCGCAUUCGCAAUUAUGAUCAACCUCCUUUUUGCCGGACUUAUCCAGAUGUUCUUCCCCAGCAUCUACGCCAGCCUCCACGACGGCGGCUCGCUCGCCCUCUUCGCGGGACUUAACCUGCUCGCCUUCGUGCUCGUCUUCCUGUUCGUCGAGGAGACGAAGCGGCGCUCGUUAGAAGACCUAGACCUCGUGUUUGCGGUCCGCAAGCGCGACUUCGUUCGCCAUCAGGUCUCUAGGUAUCUGCCGUGGUUCUUCCGUCGCUAUGCGCUGGGUCGCGCCGAGGAUAAACCCUCGCUUUACGUGGAUUUGAUUUGGAACGGGCCGCGGACACAGUCGCAUUUCAUUUGGGGCGACGAGGAAGUGACGGAAGAACGGAGAGGUGGAGGUGAAGGUGGAGGUGGAGGUGGAGGUGUAUCUAUGGGUGAUGACUGGAACGGAUUCGCGUCGAAUUCUGGCCAGGCUUAUGGUGGCGAGGAGAAUGUCUCGCCGUCUUCCCUUCGGCGACCGUCGGGGCUCGUGAUUCCGGAUUAUACGGCUAGGAUUUCGGAGGACUCGGAUGAUUCGGCACAUAGGUGAAGCGAGGUAACCGAGCAAUAAUUUCUUGGGGAGAGGAUAUUGAUAGGGCGAUUGUUAUGAGAGUGCGUUAGCUUUGGAAUCUAACGAAGUUUAUGAAAUAAACUCAAUCAUUAGGAAAUGUCUAUAGGAAAUCCUAUCAACCGUGAUAU